AUGGCGCUAGGAUUGCAGAGGCUGCAAGGCCACCUUCCCGUCGCUCAGCAGAGCCUCUGGGUUGUCACCUGGCACCUACCAAUCCUUACCAACCGCUCUCCAAUUAAUCGUCCCCAGUCUCCCAGACUGGAUGAACUGGAUGAUCGCGUUCACUCGAGCUCGACAUCUCAGAGUCAGAAAAAUCAGGGUUCACCGAUAUCUUCCUUGGAACACUCACUCCGUAGUCGACUACGGAGUUCGGAUGUAAGGGAGUUGUGCAAGGAUUGUGGGCCCUCGGUCACGUCCAGAGGGACAUCGCAACCCAGUGAAAUCUCUAAUGUGAAUAUCCAACUGUUUCCAUCGACAUAUCCGAAGCAUCUACGGCGCCGCUCGCAAGAUCGCCGAGAUGACCCCAUGGGCCUUACGGUUCUCCACGCCCCAGAGUCGAAAUACCGCACCGUGGACAUCCUGUUCAUACACGGACUCGGGGGAAGUAGUCUACGGACAUGGUGCAAGAAUCGGGACUUGGAGUUUCUCUGGCCCAAGAAGUGGUUGUCAGAGGAAACAGACCUGUCAACAGCACGUAUCUUGACGUUUGGCUACAACGCAAACUUUGCCGCGAAGAAGGAGGAGGCAUCCUUAUCAAUUGGCGAUUUCGCUAAUGACCUGCUGUUUCAUAUGAAAUAUGAUGACGAUGGUGACGACAAGAUGGGCGAAGUGCCCAUCAUUAUUGUCGCACACUCUAUGGGAGGUCUCGUCUUCAAGAAAGCUUUCAUCCAUGGGCAUCUUAACGAGCAGUACCGCAAGAUCACGUCCAGCAUCAAAGCUGUUCUCUUCAUGGCUACUCCGCACCGGGGAACUGAUCUUGCGGAGUCCCUAAACCGGGUUCUCACCAGCUCCAUUUUCGGCCAUUCUCCAAAGGAUUAUGUUAGAGAGCUGACGAAGGGCAGCACUACUAUCGACGAUCUCAAUGAUACAUUUCGCCAUCAUGCAGGGAAGUUGCAGAUAUUUUCGUUCUACGAGACCCUCACUACGGCUGUUGGGCCGAUGAACGUGAUGAUCUUAAAAAAGUAUUCGUCAUUGUUGGGCUAUCAUAACGAGACCCCAGAGCCUCUGAUGGCCAACCACCACGACGUGGUGAAGUUCACCAGUCGGAAUGAUCCAAAUUACAAGUCGGUGCGAGGCGCUCUGCGCAGCGUCGUCAAAGCAUUCCGAUUUUCGGAAACAAACGAGAAUGACACGGGGGAUUUAGAAACAAUCCGGAAGUGGUUGAGAGUGACCGGCCCACCGGAAGAAGACUUGGUUUCGCUUCGAUCCGUGCGGAAGGCAGGAACAUGUCAGCAUCUCCUGCAAAUGCCCGAAUUUGAAAAUUGGCUCGAUUCAGAUGUUCCCCAUAUUCUCUGGGCACAUGCUCCUCCAGGGAGUGGAAAAUCGAUUCAGUGCUCCUUUGUAACCGAAUCCCUUCAACUGCGCCAACAAAGCUGUGCGUACUGGUUCUUUAAGGAUGGCGACAUUCAGAAGCGUUCCCUGAGUAAUAUGCUUUGCUCAGUGGCCUACCAGAUUGCAGUUGAAGACCAGUCAUUUCGGCGAUCACUUAUGGAAGUCGUCAAGUCCGGCAUGCAUGUUGACAAAGCGGAAGCACUUUCAGCCAUCAGCUCGGUGCUAUAUUGGGUCGUAGAUGGGUUGGAUGAGUCGGAAUCGAGCAGAACCUUUAUCGAUAUCAUCUCAAAUAUCAGCACAUCCCAGAAUAGUAUCCGACUCCUCUUCUUCAGUCGUCCACUGUCAAACAUCAAUCGAGCCAUCCACAGAGCAAGGAGCCGAGUUACUAUUACAGACGUCGCUUUGGCUGACAACUUGAAAGACAUCCGUCUCGUGGCUACAGAUGAGAUGGAGUACUUUCUCCCCGGCAAUGAGUUUGAGGAUUUUAGACAGGAAACCAUUGAAGAAAUUACGAACCGUUCGCAAGGCAAUUUCCUGUGGGUCAGUCUCAUCCUCAAAAUGGUCGUCAAUUGCCAUCGUCAAGAAGAAGUAAAACAAAUUCUACGUGCCACACCAGAUGGGAUGGACAAGCUCUAUCAUGGGAUGGCCGCGUCUAUUACGAAGGUAGACGGUGAGGAGAACAGAACUCUUUGUAAAAUACUUCUUUCGUGGGCCAUGUACUCGACCAGACCCAUUGGACUUGAAGAGCUCAUGGAGCCCUAUGCGACGGAGCUCGACACUAUCAUAGAUCUGAGGCACACAAUCGGCGAAAUAUGUGGUCAAUUUGUGGUCAUCAACGCCAACAAUCAGGUUGCGCUGGUCCACCAGACGGCACGACAAUAUCUCGGAGGUUGCACCAAGCUUUCAUUUUCCCUCGAUGCGUACGAGGUGAACGAAGAGCUGCUCUUCCAAUGUCUAACUUUUCUUUGCGAUCUCUCCCUCAGAACGAAAAUUCGACUGCGUAAGACUCCCAUGUUUGUCUCAUAUUCAUCCGUUUCUUGGGCUCUCCACCUGAAUCGCUCGUCUGUUGAAUCUGACAGGGUACUUAAGAUCCUUGUUAAAUUCUUCAGCAGGAACUUCCCAUUGCCUUGGAUUCAAUUCCUGGCUAUGAACGGGCAUCUUUCGGUUUUGGAGGUAGUAUCCUCCCAUCUCCUGACCUUCGUCCGGCAACGAAGAAAGCUCGACACGAUCAAGCCUCCACCGCUACGUCGCUCGCCAGAACUAUUGUUGCUAGAGACGUGGGCUGUAGACCUCCUGAGACUGACAGCAAAAUUUGGGAUUCAUUUGACUACUGAUCCCGAUGCGAUCUACAAAUAUAUUCCUCCCCUCAGUCCAGAGAACUCGAUGCUUUACCAGAAGUACGCAAGCAAGUCUUCCGCUACGAUAUCCGUCUCUGGUAUAACGAAUGCAGACUGGGGUGACUGUCUUGCACGAGUGUCAAAUGGUCCUGAUUCUGCAUUGCAUAUUGCAGUGUCGGCCAAGUAUCUUGCUCUUGCGAACGGCCGACCCAAGGGCAGGAUUCGGCUGUGGAGUAACGUCAUCUUUCAAGAGCACUCUGGCUUCAAUCCUGCCGAACCGAUAUGUUCCAUCUCCUUUAGCAAUUCUGGCUCGCUCCUAGCCUGCUAUUGUCUGGAUAAUACCUACGUGUGGAGAGUAAGCGACCGGACUGUCGUCGCCAAGGUCGAAAGCCCUUACCAGCAACGGCCGGAACGUUUGACGUUCGGACAAGACGAAUCGUUUCUCAUAGUUGCCACUAACUUUCAUCGUGUCUACCGACUGGACUUCAAUAAUGAAGCCCGAACUUGGCUUAGCUAUUCGCCUUCUCUUCUUCUGGAAACCUCAGUACCGGAGGGGAUGUUUGUCAAUGCCCCAUCGUCGGUGGACUUCAAUCCAGACUGCACACAGCUUGCUGUCGCCUAUCGAGCCUUCCCUCUGACCAUUUGGAAUAUUGACCCGCCGGAGGUGAUUGCUAGGUGCAGGCACAAAACGAAACAGGGGCAGACAACCAACACAACCCCCUUGCCGGGUGUCAACCGUGUGGUCUGGCAUCCAUUCAGUAGCCGAGUUCUCGGAAUCAAUCAUUAUGGCAAUAUCUUCAAGUGGGACCCAAUGGAUGAUAGCUAUGAAGAGGCGAAAGGGGAGUCAGGCUAUACGCCAUCGGAUAUCCAGUGUUGUCCCAAUGGUGUCGUAUUCGCUACCUGCGACGUUAAAGGCUCAGUCAGGAUUUACGACUACUCCCAGAUGGUUCAGAUGUAUAAGCUGACUUCGGAUUCUAUGGUCACCAAUAUUGCAUUUAGCCCGGACAGUCGCAGACUCUAUGAUCUGCGAGGGUCAUGGUGUAAUGUAUGGGAGCCAAAUUGUUUGAUAGGGCUCAAUGAUACCAGCAUGGACCCAUCUGAAGAAAGCGAGAGCGUGGAUAGUUACGAGAACAACUACGUCUCGGAACUAGACGAUAAAAGCGGCUCCGUUAUCCCAUUGCCGAAGUCCGAAACACAUGCCGACACUAAGCCAUCGAUCACAGCAGUGGCAACUUGCCUGAAGAACCAGAAUAUAUAUGCGCAUGCCACAGAUGAUGGGACAAUUGAGAUCUGUGACAUGGAGAGCAAAUGCAAACACCUCAUUACGAAGUGUACCUUCAUGGAUAUUGUCCACUGCGCCCUGGCCCAGGGUGGUGACUACAUCGCGUACUGCUUGUAUGGUGGGUAUAUCACGGUCAAGCGCAUCGACUUGUCCUCAUUACCGGAGAAAAUUUCAACGCAAACAGUUUUUGCUGAGACAAAGUCUACCAGCCGUGGCGAGAUCAGACAGAUCAUGUUCGAUGGCAGCUCCGAGAGACUGUUGGUCUGCGGUGCGGAGAGACUUCAGGUCCUCUCCAUCGCAGACAGCAGCAUAAUUGCUGGGAUAGUAAUCGAUCCGGCGGAUUCGCCUGCACAAUGGGUCAACCACCCAACAGAUUUGAAUAUCCUACUGGGCUUCACAGUCAGCGGGGUUAGCGCACUAUCUUGGGAUACCCUCGAGAUUAAGUAUACACUGUCGCACAAUCUUGUCAACAGCUUCGACUUCCAGCAGCUCGCCCCAUCUACGAAAUUGGAGGCUUUAGCACAGUCAUAUCACCCGAAAAUGCAACUCGCAAUCAUCUCAGAGGACACCACAAGUGGCAGGCUUUCCCGCUUUCUGCUGCUGGACAUGUCUGUGCUAUACGGAGAACCCAUCGACUCCCUCUUUUCUGUUAGGCUGGAUGCUGUACAUCUCCCGCUUUGUAUUACCGAGUGCAUGGAGCGACCUGUCGGACUUCUCGCGGAUGGCCGUCUCGUCUUUCUUGACAAGGCUCUAUGGGUGUGCACUGCGCAGCUGUGGUUGCCAUCCGCCCGUGGGUCGGAAACUGCGGUGACGAGGCACUUCUUCAUCCCCCGCGACUGGCUAAAUAACACAGAGUUGGUACUGUGUAGGGUGCAGGAGGAUGGUAAGUUCCUCUGUCCCAGUAAGGGUGAAAUGGCGGUGAUUAAGAGCAACAUUGGGACGGAUUGGUGA